AUGGCGUCUUCCCGUGUCACUUACCGCCGCCGCAACCCCUACAACACCACGUCCAACAAGACGCGGGUUGUCAAGACCCCCGGCGGUCAGCUGCGUGUUCUCCACAUCAAGAAGCGUGGUACCGCUCCCAAGUGCGGUGACUGCGGCAUCAAGCUCCCUGGUGUCCCUGCCCUCCGCCCCCGCGAGUACGCUCAGCUCUCCAAGCCCAAGAAGACUGUCCAGCGUGCCUACGGUGGUUCCCGCUGCGGCAACUGCGUCCGCGACCGUGUCGUUCGUGCUUUCCUCAUUGAGGAGCAGAAGAUCGUCAAGAAGGUCCUCAAGGAGCAGAGCCAGGCCGAGAAGUCCAAGAAGUAA